UAUGUAACAUUUUUACCUCCGCCAAUAAGAAGAGUUUAAUCGUUUACAAACAUGGCCUGGUCGCGUCAUCAUGUCUGGACAUGAAUAUUGAUGUAAUUGACGUUUGACUGCAGUUUUUGUAGUUUGAACUAUGUCAACAGCUGAGCAGAACACAACAGGGAUGGAGAGCAAUGACCAAACUCGUGAAACAACGUUUCAUUCUCUCCCAGAUGAAUUACAAGCAGAGAUUUUCUCUUAUUUACCAAUGAAGGAAAUUUUUUCGGUUUGUCUCGUCUGUAAACGAUGGAAUUCUCUCAUAAUGAAUGCAGACUUUAUGUGGAAGAUAAGGUGCAAAGGGCUAGAAUCACACACACGAGUAGAAAAUGACAGAGCCAAAGGCCACAGCUGGAAGGAAACUUUUGAGAUGAACUAUGGAAGAAAUGGUAUCAAAAGGAUGUGGCAACUUGGAUUCUUCAGCAAUCCAGCAUCAUAUGAAGAUCUUCCACAGGGAAUGUUUAGCAAUAUGGAUGCCGAUUCAUGGGCAGAUAUAUUCCAGUUAGAACUUGACAGAUCAUAAUGUUGUAUUUCAAUGCAACAUCAAAAACAAGCUUUCACAAGAGCAGCUGUUAAAACAAGAAACAGAAAUUGAGGAAAUUAGUGAUAUCUUGUUAGAGAAUAACUUUUUAAAUCUUAUUUGUACAAAGUUUGUACACAACUUUUAAAAUUUUAUUUGUACAAAGUUUGUACACAACUAUAAUUCUAACAUUUUAACAACUUAUUUAACUGUGGGAUGUUUUAGAAUGAAUAUACAUUUAUACAUAGUUAAUUUAUUGGAAUAUUCUCAAAUUUCCAUUAGACAGCAAUCACAUGUCCCAUUUUCUACAAUGACAGGGCGACAUUCUCGUUUUCUACAAUGACAGGGCGACAUUCUCGUCUUCUACAAUGACAGGGUGACAUUCUCGUCCAAGGCAAGACAACUCCUCAUGGACUUCUCCUUUUUCUGUGUGAGGAAUAUGUUUAUAGACAAGUGGCCAUCACUUGUGUCUGUCCUUGUUCAGUAUUGCUGCCCCUGUAGUAACAGUAAACAAAACCUAGCUUUUCCUUCUUUCUCAGUAUUUUAAACUAUCCAUGUCUCUUUUAGUACACCUCUCUUCUUGUGACAUUCGACCAAGUUUCAUCUUUAGUAUCUGUCCCAGCUUGCAAUGUCUAUAAAAACUGGACACUCUACUGGUAGAAUUUCAAUAUCUCAGAAUAUGUGGAGUUGCUUUUCAUCACCCUUCUUACAAUUGUGAUAAUUAAAAGUGUUUUAAAUGUUAAUAUUGCAUAACAUAUUCCACUUACUGCAGAUCUCCACGUAACACAAAUUCAUAAUUUGCUGCUUUCAUGUUGUUUCCUCCAAUAAUGACUGUCAAUCUACUAUUUAUUAUUUUAUGUUUAUUUAUUAGCAAACUUAGUUGGCAAAUCAUUUGACUGUAUAUAUCUGCCAAUUUUGGUGUAUUGUUUUCCUGUUGGUUUUUAUUUUGUGCAAUAAUAUACAUAAAAUAUAUUUAAAAUUC